GGUCAUUAAAAAUGUCUGCCGUGUAACUGUCCUAUUUUCAUAAUUACACUAAGAGUUGAGCUCACCGAAGAAUAAUAAACACCUGGCUGUUCCCACUUUUCAACGCCGACAUGUUUCAGGUAAUCAGCAGGCGGAGCGUCCAGGCAUCCCGGCUCCUCGCGCCGAGGAGCGCCGUGCUCGUGGAGGCUGUUCGUGGCCGAAAGUCCCGACACGACCCUGUGGCCAAGUCCAAAGUAGGGCGAAUUAAAUAUCCUCCGCCCGUGGACCCGGAAGAGAUGGUCAUCCUUAAAGAGAGGUACUCAGAGUACCAGCUGAUCCUGAGUGCUCUACGUCUGGACUUUAAAGAGGAGAUGCUGAGGAAGAAGUUCGAGUUGGAGGUAGGCUCCAAGGCAGAGGAGAAGGCGAGGCAGGAGGCUGAGGAGCACGCCGUCCUGAUGGCCUGGAACAAUGAGGAGAACCGCCGCCUUCUCCAAGCCAGAGUGGCCAGACUCCAGAAGGAAACGGAGGAAGCUGAGCACAAAAAGAUGGAAGCUCUCCUUCAGCGUGAACAGGAACAGCUGGAGUUCCUCAAACAAAAGGAGGAGGAGAUUCUGCAGCUGCAGGAGGAUGCCAAGAACUUUAUCACCUUGGAAAACGUAGAUCAACGGAUCGAGGCGGCUUUGGAUAAUCCUAAAAAUUACAACUAUGCUAUUAACAAACAGGGCAAAGUUGUGAGCAGGACAGUGCUGCAGUGAGACGGUCGAGUCGUUCAUGUGUUUGUGUCAGAAGGUAAAGAGAAACAGAAGAACCGACGAGCUGCUCAGACUGAGGUCUGGGUUCACUUCUCCCACUCAGACUGUUCAACCUGAAUGUGGAAAGUGAUUUAGUCCUAAAAUAUGUCACAUUUUUGCAUUCUCAUUGUACCGUCAUCACCACACAACCACUAAAACAUCGCUGGUAUUCAUGAUGCUGAGGACGUAAAUGUAAACAGUUGUGACACUUUGACUUGUUUUGGGCAAUAAAAGAUGAAAAAUUGGA